UUGAUUUUUUGAUUUGAUCUAAUCUAAACUCAAGUACACACAGGAGGUAGGAAUAUCAUAAUGUGGGUCACGUGAUCGGUGUGGUGCACUCGCAGCUGAAGCGCUGUCCCGUCUGCGCUCGUUCACUCACACAGACUGAGAGACAAACCUGCCAACACGGGACUAUGACGAACUCUUGAUUCUUACACGGACAGCAUUCCGGCUGUUUCAUUACUGAGGAUUACCCCUUAACAUUUCAUAGAAUAUUUCUGUUUUUAUAAUAGUUUCACGUCACCUGAGUAAUUUCCUGCACUGGAAACUUUUAGAGACUUGCCGGGACAGUGACUGUCGGUCUGAGAGAUGGAAGCAGAGGAGAAUAAAAUUGCAGUGUGGGUUUGUCGCGAGGAGAAGCUCGUGUCGGGCUUGUCGAAGCGCACGAGCUGCGCGGAUGUGAUCCGGGUUUUACUCGGGGAGCAGAACCCGGAGCAGCGCGUUUCCCUCUCAGGCUCUCCUCAGUCCUACUGCAUCGUGGAGAAAUGGAGAGGAUUCGAACGGAUUUUACCUAACAAUACCAAGAUAUUGCGACUGUGGAGCGCGUGGGGAGAGGAACAAGAAAACGUCCGGUUCGUGUUGGUGAAAAACGAAGCAUCUUUACCCAGCAACGGGCCUCGGAGCGCAGAGGCGCGCGUCGUUUUCAGUAAAGAGAGCCCGUGCGUCUACAAGGGGACCGCCAGAGUGACCAUGGCUCUGUCACAGGACAAACAUAGACGGAUAGUCAGGAAAGCGUUCAGAAAGUUGGAUAAAAUCAACAAGAAGCGGGCGCAGGCUGCGUCUAAAGACUCCUUAUCCACGGAGAAGAUGGAGACCCUUGUGCACCUGGUCGUUUCUCAAGAUCACACCAACCGCCAGCAGAUUGAGAGGAUAAAAGAGCUCGACAGGGACAUUGAAAGGUAUGAGGCCAAAGUUCAUUUUGAUAGAAUGAAGUUGCAUGGGAUCAACUACGUCCAGGAUACGUAUUUGGUGGACGCCAACCCAGAUAAAGUUAGCGAGGGGGACAAAACGAGCCCAGAAGCAGCUCUCGCCCAGUUUGAGGAAUAUGUACAGAGAUGCGAGGAGGUCAUCAAACUGCAGGAAGAACUGUCUAAACAGGAGACCCUCAUGGAGAGCAUUACGACUGAGAUUCAAGAGGAACUCAACCAGAGGUGGAUGAAAAGAAGACACGAGGAACUCGCGAAUAAAGAGUCUGAAACCACUUCUGGAGAGACGUCUCUCAGAGUCACAACUACAGAAAAAGACGAUGGACCUUCAGCGAGGGAUGUGUCUUCUGACACCGACUUGCUUCUGGAAGAAGAGAGGAUCAGAACCCAGCUUGACGCAAGUUUGUACAUCGGUCUGCGGCUGAACACUGAUUUGGAGGCCAUAAGGAAUGACUUGGACCUGACCCAGGAGAUAUGGGGGGCGAAAGAGAAAGAACUGAGGCAUUUAAUGGAGAAAGUCAACUCUUUGGAUCUUGAGGAGGACAGUGAGGCCGAUGCUGAGCUGAAAGAGGAAAACACAAUAGAAACAGACAGACUGAUGCCGCUCCAGGGGGACAGCGUGUGGGUGGAGCAGGCAAGAGGGCUUUCAAAAACAUGUGACAUGAAUGAUGACGACUCAGAUACAGGACUCAGCUCAAUGCACAGUCAAGACUCAGAUAUCACACCCAUCUGCGAAUCUUUGGUGUAAAAAAACUAAUAUUAUCUGUUGCUGGAUAGUUGAAAUGAACAAUGUAACUGUCUUAAUAUAACACAUUUUUCAUUUGCAUACAGUAAACAAGCACAAAGCGGAAGCAAACACGAGUGCUGGGAAAGUAGAAAGGUACGUUGCUACAAAUCAAAAUGAAUUACAUGACCAAAUCACAUUAAAAACAUAACUAUGCACUUAUUGAGCAGUCUUAGUCAUAUAUUUUAUUAUGUUGAUGUCUAUAAGAAUAUACAGUAGCCUAAUUCUGCCAUUGAAACAAAAAGAAUAAAAACUGCAACAGGAAGUCAGAUAAGUAGCAAUUACCUGGUGGAAACAAAGAACAGAAUAUUGAGAUGUAAACUCAGAAUUCUGAGAUAAAAGUCAGAAUUGCAAGAUGCAAACUUUGAUCAACCUUGAAACUAAUUUAAAUAUAAAAAGUCAUAAAGGUUUUGUUUUUUUUCAUGUUGAAAGAAAAAAUUAAUUUCGAAAUGUAAUUCAGAAUUCUAAGCAAAAACUUCAAAGAGAGGUAAACUCAAAUGUGAGGAAGUCAGAACUGUGACAGAAAUAAGCUUCCAAGAUUCAGUGUUAACUUCAUAAAUGUAUCUGUGGUUAUAGCACUGAUAUUUUGAAAAAAAAAAAAAAACUUCCAGGAUUGAAAUCUCGGUGGGUGGAUUUUUCUGUAUGAGGCGGUAUGAUGGAUGCAUUCCAACAGUAUGCUUUACAGAUCAAUUUUACAUAACAUUAUGGUUUAUGCAUAACGAUUAACUGUUUAAACCUUAAGUGUGUGAUUUCUGUGCAUCAUCAAGUGGAAUUAUUAAUAUUUUUUUAAAUAAUCUAAAUGUUUUCAGACUGAUUUUGUGGAAAUAUUUUGGCCAUGCAAAAGCAUGAAAUAAAAUGUAUUUUUCUGUUGCCAAUCUGCAUUGUUGUGACAUUUUCAUGGAGCUCCAGAGUGUUUAGUCCCAUGGUGCUAGCUGCUCAAGUGAUUGGCUGAUUGCAGAACCCAUGAACAGAAUUGAUGGCCAGUUUGAAAAUACAUUGUGCACUUCUGGAGAAAUGGUGGCCAGCCAAACAAUAGCCUUUUUGAGAUCACUGGGUGAAUUGAUAAUAACAGAUAAUUUAUUAACAGAUAAGUAUUACAGACUUCUUUGACAGAAUUUUAACAUAAGUGAUGCACAAUUCAGCUUUAAGUUGCAUUAUGGUAUUGCUUAAGCCCAAGAAAGGUACAGUAUAUUUAUGUAUGUGGGUAAACUAGUUUGAAUGACUGUAAGAGACAAUUGGUGAUCUGAAGAGCUUAAUGAUAUGGAAUUUAUUUGUUAUUAUUAUACUGUUUUUAACAGAGAAUCAAUGUAUUUAGAAUUGUACAGGUGUAACAUUUGUGUAAUAUGAUAAUCUAUCAUAUAAAUUGUCAUAUCAACUAAAAUACAGAGGAAUGUUUGCUUUAUUGAUUUUU